AUGAUGUUCUGGAGGUGUUUAUGCUGCAUCUCGAAAUUUGACGAACGGCCAGAGAUCAGCGUGAGCAACAACAACGACUAUCCAUGGGAAAUUUACUCUCUCAAGGAGUUGCUACACGCGACGAACAACUUCCACAACGACAACAAGAUCGGGGAGGGCGGUUUCGGAAGCGUUUAUUGGGGUCGAACAAGUAAAGGCGUAGAGGCAAUUAUGUCCAUUUCUUGUGUUGCGGUGAAAAGACUCAAAGCGAUGAGCCCGAAGGCCGAAAUGGAGUUCGCGGUGGAGGUGGAGAUUCUUGGCAGGGUGAGGCACAAGAACCUUCUAGGGUUGAGGGGAUUCUACGCGGGCGGCGAUGAGAGGUUGAUUGUGUACGAUUACAUGCCUAAUCAUAGCUUGAUAACUCAUCUCCAUGGCCGACUCACCGAAGAUUGCUUGCUCGAUUGGCCGCGAAGAAUGAGCAUCGUGCUCGGAUCAGCUGAGGGUUUAUCGUACUUGCAUCACGAGGUCAAUCCUCACAUAAUUCACCGAGACAUAAAGGCGAGUAAUGUCCUUCUGGACAACCAAUUCCAAGCAAAAGUCGCGGAUUUCGGUUUCGCUAAACUUAUCCCGGACGGCGUUACUCAUUUGACGACAAGAGUGAAGGGAACGCUCGGCUACUUGGCUCCCGAGUACGCGAUGUGGGGGAAAGUUUCAGACAGCUGCGACGUCUACAGCUUUGGAAUAUUACUCCUCGAGAUAAUUAGUGCCAAGAAGCCACUGGAGAAGCUUCAAGGCGGAGUGAAGCGCGACAUCAUGCAAUGGGCGACGCCAUAUGUCCAGAAGGGCGCGUUCGACCACAUAGCCGACCCGAGAUUGGAGGGGAAAUAUAAACUGGACGAGCUCAAACUGGUGGUCAUGAUAGCGAUGCGAUGCACGGAUCAUAACCCCGAGAACCGGCCGAGCAUGAUAGAGGUCGUGCAGUGGCUCAAGGGAGGUCUGACGCGGAAGAAAGAGAUCGGACAUGUCAUCGGCAAGGCCAAAGAAGACAAUGGCGGCGAUGAGGAGAACGAUACGGACUACUACGAAGGGUCUGCCAUAGACGAAUUUGAUGACAAGAGAAAAGCAUGGAAGGCAACCAAGGUGAGAUAAUUAUUUGGAGGCGAUCAUCAUUUUGUAUUUGUCGGUGUAUUUGAUGCGGCGGUUUCUCUUGUCUUCGCUCAUCGAUGCUCGAUCAUAAGAUCCACGCAAGUGAAAAGCAAACGAACGAGACGACCCGACCCGGUCUUCUUGGAUCUUGACUUGUCGGAUGCUUCUUCAUUGCAUUUCCUCGCAAUCUGUCUUUACUCUCUUUGCAUC